AUGGAAACUAUGAAAACAACGGUAGUUUUAACGUUACUGGGUUUAUUGGUACCCAUGUGUGACUGUGGCAAAAUUAAUACCCCAAGGGUUCUGUUACCUUGGUUCGAGAAUUUGAAUGUAAAUUUCACCUUUGAAAUCAUAGAAGGUGGUUGUUAUACUUGGAGUUUGUCUCGCGAUGACAUCAUAGAUUUAGAGCCCUUGUACGAUGAGUCGUGGGGUCAUUGUGCCCGUGGGGCCCGUGUCUCGGUAUCUAAAACCUGUACACCACCAGGAUCCGUGAUAAUUCUCGCCGAAGAAACCAGUAGUGGCGAGAUACUUCGUGGAGAUGUAGACAUAGACAAGAUAAGCUAUCUAAAAGUAGUGAGCACAACAUGGAAGCUUUAUCUAGAGGAAGCACCAGAGGCUUUUGAGGUUGUUGCCUAUGAUGAUCAAGGUAACAAGUUUUCUACUCUGGAAGGAGUGAGCUUUAUAUGGAGCAUUCAAAACGUUGGAAACAAUGAUGAUAUACCACUUGUCAAGCUAGUAAGAUGGUGUGACACGGAUUAUGAAGCACCCCAAGGUGUCACAGAACUAGAGGCUCGCGGUCUUCAUUCCCAUUCAGUAUUGCUCUAUGGUCAAGUUUUAGGCGAGACUCGGGUUACUGUCUGCCUUGAAGAUAUUUGUACCGACUUUGACUUGCAUGUGGUGGCUAGCGUUGUACUUAUGCCAGCCACUGCGAUCAUUGCUCCGGGGGAUACACUGCGCUAUAAAAUCGUUCGAGCACGCUCAGGUCGCCUUACAAUUGAAGACUUAACAAAUGAUUACUACUACUUGAAAGUACCUGACUCCAGCACAGCACUUUUAGAAGACUCCGUAAGCUUAGUACGAGCCACGAAAGUAGGCUACACCAAUGUAUACUUAUUAUCUGGAUCAACCGAAGUAGCUUCUGCUAUGCUCACCGUAGCCGAGCCAUAUAGCAUUAGAGUGACACUAAGACCAUCAAAUUUACUAAUAAGAGGAGAAUCUUUUAUCGUACAUAGUAUUUUGCUGGAUAGAGAUGGACAUGCUUUGUUUGCUGGAGACCAAGUUUUGAUAAGAUUAUCAGUGGAAGGGGAGGCUGAUGUUGAUUUGUUGCGUUCGACGGAAAAUGGGACAUUAACUGAUGCCGUAGCGCAGAAAGCUGGGCCUUUCACUGUAAUGGCGAAGUUGCAUUCUAUUGCGGGGAAAACGAUUUCUCGUAAGGUGGAAGGGCAAGUGUCAGCUGUUGCAGUGGAUCCAUUGGAAAUGGUACCACCACAACUAUAUGUUGCAUGGACAGAAACUAUGCAAGAAAUACAACUACAACACAAAGGCGGCGGUAACGAAACAGUAGUUUGGUCAGAAAUAGAGAGUGAGGCAAAACAAGGGCCUCUUUCACUGUCCCCUGCAGGUCUAGUCACGAUACGAGGUAUCGGCGAAGUUCACGUGAGAGUACAAUUGAAGAAGUAUCCUUACGUCAAAGCUAUUGGAAGGGUAUGGUCGGUACCUGCGGAAAUGGUCCAAGUCUCCAGUACAGGUUACGCCCGUGUCGGCAAGGCGCAUUACUUGCAUAUAGCGCUCACUGCCACACACCCGGAUACCGGCGAACUGUACAAUUUUCAUAUAUGUAACUGCGAUUCAUUUGCAGUUUCGUUGUUGGAAGGUCCCGAACCGCAUAAUGUAACGGCUGCUAAAUGGAUGCAACCAGUAGACGGUGCCUGCUGUGUAGUGGAGUGCGCGUGGACCGCUCGUGGCGUGUCCACGUUGCGCGUGUCGCGGGGCCGCGUGGGCGACACGACGCGCGUGGCGGUGCGCGCCGCGCCACACGUGCUGUGGCCCCAGCACGUGGCCCUGCUGCCCGCCGCCACACUACCGGUGAUAGCAGAAGGUGAAGCUUUGGUCCCAGUCACGACCGAAACGCGAGUAUCUGAGCUUAUGCACCGCGACGGUCCGCCACCACACCAGUAUCCUGACGUUCAAUUAUUCACGCUAAAGUGUAGGAGGAAAGGUGAGUCUCGUCAGGAAAUAAUGUCACAGACAGACGAAGAGCGCGAGCUAGUUGCGUUAGAGGCGAGCUGCGCUCCUCACGUGUCGCGGAUCCGACUGGAACCUUCCGAGACACCUGGCAACUGUUCAGGUGGAUCUAAAGUGUGGCUCCGUCCAGGUCAAGAAGUGAUAGUGAAAGUAACUCUCAUGGAUGCGACUGGACGUGAACUGCUCGACGAAAACGGUCCGAAGAUGGCAUGGGAUAUAGAACCUAGUCAUCCAGGCUUACACUACAAAGCUGUAGACAGACUGUUUGUUGAACAUCAUCCAGAAUAUUUACCAGUACCAGUGCCGUAUAAGUAUUAUCAGGUGGUGACAGUUGAUGAGCUAGCAAUAGGGUGGAAUGGAGCAUUAAAAGCCAGCAUUCCCGAUGCUACGGCUUCUAUUCCAGCUAGAGUUGUUGCUCCAUUGAAAUGUGAUCCACUAAAGGUGAACAUAGCCUGGGAGGGAGAGACAGUGAACAACAUCGCGAAAAUAUCAGGCGGAAGCGGUCGUUAUUCAGUUGAGUCACCCAAAGGAGUGACAGCGGUGGUGGAAGACGGUGUACUCGCCGCUACUGUGCCAGGACCUGGCUCUUACGAUCUACCUGUCACUGAUCUAUGUGUGCAAGGCGAAAAGCAAAUUGUUGAGGUUAACAUCGAAGAAGUUUUAAGCGUAGAAGUGUCAACUUCCCGUGCCGUUGGCGUCGGCGCUUGCGUCCCUAUUACGGCGCUCGUGCAGGGCGUGUCACAUCGAUAUCUGUCCACCGGAAGAGCUCCGGACUUUAGGACCUCCGGCUACGUAACUAUUAAAGACGGCGUUUUGUGCGGAACACAGGAAGGAACUGGAAACGUUAGAGCUAGCUUUGGAGGCGUGUGGAGUCCUGAAGUCGAGGUGCUAGUGUUUCCGGCGCUGGAGAUAGUCCCGGGCAAGGCGCGCGUGCCGCCGGGCGCGCGGCUGCAGCUGCGCGCGCGGGGGGGGCCGCCGCCGCACCUCGCCAGCCUGCACUACGCGCCCCUGACCGGACGCGCCCACGUCGAGGUUUCGCCUUCUGGCUCCGUUCACGGAUUAUCGACGGGAUUAUCGCGGAUAAGGUUGGUGGCUACGGACUUUGCAAACGUAGAAAUGGCUAGCGCAGAAUCCGAAGUAGAGGUGAUACCGAUAUCGGGCAUCCGCGUGGUGUCGGCGACGCAGAGCCUGCUGGUGGGCUGCCCGAGCCCCGUGUGGGUGGCGGCGGGCGCGCUGGGCCCCGCGGCGCUGGGCGCGCUGCAGCCGGCGCCGCGCGUGUCGUGGACGCUGCGCGACCCCGCCUCCGCGCGCCUGCUGCCGAAGCACACUGACGAUAUGCUGGAGAGAUCUGUCGCUGAAGGUUUAUCGGUGCGAGUGGUGCCUCUUAAACCUGGAGUAAUUACUAUUGACGUUCGGAUACGGAAUAUGGGACAGGUAGCCGAAACUCGCUCCUGGGACAGUACAAUAGAAAUCCUAGGCAUUUCAGAUGUACGUACCUCUGUCGAAGGCCUCUCUAAAGAGUUAACAUCGAGCGAUCGCCUUGCCGUUGCUGUGAGCUCAGUCAUAAAGCUGAAGUCUCUGCCCAGAGGCACGUGGAAAGCUUAUGAAGACGGAGCGUUCUCUUUGAGUUCCACAGGCGAAUUGAAUGCUAUAAAACCCGGUCAUGGUGUGGUUGUAGCUCAGCAUAGAGAUGAGAGGAAUAACAUUUAUAGAGAAUCUGUGAUCCACGUGGAAGUGGCGGUCCCGUCGUACUGCACGGCGGAGCCGGCGGGCGAGCCGUUCGAGAGCGCGGUGCGGCUGGUCAUGCGCAGCGGCGUGGGGCGCGCGCUGCUCGCGCCGCACGCCAACGUGUCCGCGCUCGCGCCGCUCGCCGCGCUGCCCAGGAGGGCCAGCGACAGUGCUUUAGGAACCGAGUUGCUGAUAACCGGCUUAGACGCCGCCGGCACGUUUAUGACCUUCCAAGCGACGGUGAGCGGAGUCACCGUAAAAGAUGAAGUUUGGGUUACCGGUUCUGAUCUACGAGCGGAUAGGGUGACUGUGACGGGCGGGUGGGGCGUGUGCCUGGAGGGGGUGGGGUGGCGCGGGCCGGGGGGCGUGGCGCUGCACGGCGGCAGCGGCGUGUCGCUGGCGCUGCUGACGCGCGACGCGCCCGGCACGCACGUGCUGCGCCUCGACCGGCCCCACAACGUCUGCACCCUGUACCAGCUCCCGCUCGAUAAGAUGGAAUUCUUACCCGGUGAGUGGCCGUCUGCGCUUGUCCCGCUAUCGUUUACCGCUGGCGGGCUCACGUCCGGCCCGUUCAUCUGCUCCGACGAACAACGUUAUGCUCUAGAGGGCGCUGUAAUCGACCUGCCUUAUUCCUGUAGGACUAAGGAACCUCAUAUUGCCGAACCUGUACUGGAUAUUGUCAAUGGUCAGAUGGGUUGUAAGAUAAUACCAGCGACUACAAUAACAGAGGCAUCUGAGGUGGAACUGUGCGCCGAGUGGACCGUGUAUCGAGCUUGCACCAAAGUGCUUCUAUUGCCACCGAUACGAGUGUCAAACACUGAAGUAUCCCUCCUCUCUCCGCCUGCUGUCUUCACAGUGAGUGGUCACCCACACGCAGUCAAACUUGUUCGCUUGACACCUUCGCCAGGAUUAAAAUUAGAAACUAGUGUCGAUAGUGGUGAAAUGAGAGUAAUAGUGAGCAACGAGGCCGAGACGUGCGGCCACGGAUUCGUGGUGGUGCGGUCGAAGCUCACCUCUCAGGAGCUGCGCGUGGACGUGGAGCGCUCCUGCGAGACGGCGUGCGGCUCGCUGCUCGGCGCCCUGCUGGCGCUCCUGCGGCCCUACCUCUCUACUGUCGCUACUGCGGCCGCCGUUCUCACCGCAUACUUAUACAUUCAAUCGAGACAAAAUCGCAAGGCAGCAAUCCGCAUGCCAACAGAGCCAGUUCAAACAGUUCUACCGCCAGACUCACCUCCUCUGAUGAAUCGUUCGCGGACUUGGUCCCGAAGCCCGUACGCGUCCAGCGGUCCCGCGGCGCCCGUGUACGGGGACACGAGCAUGUUGCCCGACCAGACCUUCUCUACGAAUGCUUCUAGAAACUCCCUCUUUCUAUAG